UUUAGGGAGCCCCCACCUACAGGGGCUCGAAAUCCGAGCUUUUCCAAACUGGAUCGGAGGCGGCGAGAUAGGCCUCGGAAAACCAUGGCUACUGCUAAGGGAAUGGCCAUCGGCAUCGACCUGGGCACCACCUACUCGUGUGUGGGCGUGUUCCAGCACGGCAAGGUGGAGAUCAUCGCCAACGACCAGGGCAAUCGCACCACCCCCAGCUACGUGGCCUUCACCGACACGGAGCGGCUGAUAGGCGACGCGGCCAAGAACCAGGUAGCCAUGAAUCCCCAGAACACCGUCUUUGAUGCCAAACGUCUCAUUGGUAGGAAAUUUAAUGAUCCUGUAGUGCAAUCAGAUAUGAAGCUUUGGCCUUUUCAAGUGGUCAAUGAAGGUGGGAAACCGAAAGUAAUGGUUUCCUACAAAGGGGAGAAAAAAGCCUUCUACCCUGAAGAAAUCUCUUCUAUGGUGCUUACUAAGAUGAAGGAGACAGCUGAGGCUUUUUUGGGCCAUCCUGUCACCAAUGCUGUAAUCACUGUGCCAGCCUAUUUUAAUGACUCUCAGCGCCAAGCCACCAAAGAUGCUGGUGUGAUCGCAGGUCUCAAUGUGCUAAGAAUUAUCAAUGAACCCACAGCGGCUGCCAUCGCCUAUGGUUUAGAUAAAGCAGGUCAGGGAGAGCGACAUGUCUUAAUCUUUGAUCUGGGUGGAGGCACAUUCGAUGUAUCCAUUCUGACCAUAGAUGAUGGCAUUUUUGAGGUAAAGGCCACAGCAGGGGACACGCACCUGGGCGGGGAGGACUUCGACAACAGGCUGGUGAACCACUUCGUGGAGGAGUUCAAGAGGAAGCACAAGAAGGACAUCAGCCAGAACAAGCGCGCCGUGAGGCGGCUGCGCACGGCCUGCGAGAGGGCUAAGCGCACCCUGUCGUCCAGCACGCAGGCCAACUUGGAGAUUGACUCCCUGUUCGAGGGCAUCGACUUCUAUACAUCCAUCACCAGAGCCCGAUUUGAAGAGUUGUGUGCAGACCUGUUCCGGGGCACCUUGGAGCCUGUGGAGAAGGCGCUUCGGGAUGCCAAGAUGGAUAAGGCUAAAAUCCAUGACAUUGUUUUAGUAGGGGGCUCCACCCGUAUCCCUAAGGUUCAGAGGCUGCUACAGGACUACUUUAAUGGACGUGAUCUCAACAAAAGUAUCAACCCUGAUGAGGCGGUGGCCUAUGGGGCUGCAGUACAGGCAGCCAUUUUGAUGGGGGACAAAUCUGAAAAGGUACAAGACCUGCUGCUACUUGAUGUGGCUCCCCUGUCUCUAGGGCUGGAGACGGCCGGGGGCGUGAUGACUGUCCUAAUCAAGCGCAACUCCACCAUCCCCACCAAGCAGACACAGAUCUUCACCACCUACUCAGACAACCAGCCUGGGGUGCUGAUCCAGGUAUACGAGGGUGAGAGGGCCAUGACCCGGGACAACAACCUGCUGGGGCGCUUUGACCUAACUGGAAUCCCUCCUGCACCCAGAGGAGUUCCUCAGAUUGAGGUGACCUUUGACAUUGAUGCCAAUGGUAUUCUCAAUGUAACAGCUAUGGACAAGAGCACAGGCAAGGCCAACAAGAUCACCAUUACCAAUGAUAAAGGCCGCCUGAGCAAGGAGGAGAUUGAACGCAUGGUGCAGGAUGCUGAGAAAUACAAAGCUGAGGAUGAAGUCCAGAGAGAGAAAAUCACUGCAAAAAAUGCUUUGGAAUCCUAUGCUUUUAACAUGAAGAGUGCUGUGAGUGAUGAAGGUUUAAAGGGCAAGAUUAGUGACGCUGAUAAAAAGAAAAUAUUGGAUAAAUGCAGUGAGGUCCUUUCGUGGUUGGAAGCCAAUCAGCUCGCUGAUAAAGAUGAGUUUGAUCAUAAGAGAAAGGACUUGGAGAAGGUGUGUAACCCAAUCAUCACAAAACUGUAUCAGGGAGGAUGCACUGGGCCUACCUGUGGAACAGGUUAUACUCCUGGAAGGGCUGCCACAGGCCCCACCAUUGAAGAGGUCGAUUAGUUAUCUGAAGUUUGAGGGCUCAGGGGUCACCUUUAAGGUGAAUUUUGUUCCCCCCCAUCUUCAAACACUUUUAUGAUUCUUGAAUUGAUUGAACCUGAAUCUAGUUUACCAAUCUUUUGAAAUUCUGAUUGGAGGAGUUGCAUAUUUCAUCUCACACUACAACAUCCUAUUUCUAAUUCUGGAAUACUAGCCCACUCUUUGAACCAUUUGAUGAUUUUGAAUGUCUGCUAUUUAUUUCUGGCCCCUCCAACUUACUCCUGUAUGGAUGGUUAUUUGUCACCCAGUAAAUUUGUUCCUAAAG